GGCAUACGAGAUCGGUAUAAUCGACUAGUGCCAACUUAUAAUCGAAACUAUAACCCUUAUGAGCCCCCUCCCGAAGAUAGAUACCCUGAUUACUUUCCAUAUACUUCAGGAGAGCCUUUGUAUGAUAAUCGCCCGAUUAUAAUUAUACGGCUUCCAAGAAAACACGUUAUUACAGGUGCUAGCAAGAGAAAGAGGACUGCUUGGGCUACUAUAAUACUGAAUUUUCCAAAGGCCGGGAAUAGUACUAUAAUAGUAACUCUCUCAAAAAUACCGAAAAUCACCUCCUUACCUAAUACUUUCUCGAUUACCAGGGAGAUAUAUGGAGAGUAUAGUAUGGAAGUAAUAGUAUAUAAGCUUUAG